UAUAGUUUAUAGUAUAUCAUAAAGAUCGUAAAUAAAACCAAUGGCAAAUAAUAAUAACAAAAAUAUUAUUCUAUUAUUUUACCAUAAAAAUAAUAUAUAUAAAUAAUAAAAUAGUAAAUAAAAAUGGAUAAUUUAAUAAAUAAUUUACCGUCAAAUUCAACAUCAAUUAAUAUUAAAUUAAGUGAUACGUCAUCAGUGUCAUACAAUGACAUUGCUACUAAAUUAUUAAGUGAAAAAUUAUUAUUAACAGCAUUAGAAUUACAUGCUGAAUUAUGUGAAUCUGGUAAAGAAUUACCAAUAUUGCGUGAUUAUUUUUCAAAUUCAAAUAAUUUUGAUAAUUCAACAAAAAAUGAAUCCUUUGUAUCAAUUGCUAGAUCAUCAAGUCAAGCAACAUUAGAUUCACUUGAUAUGACACGUUAUUCUGAAGACGAUGGUGGUGUUGAUGAAAGAGUUGCUGUCCUUGAAUUUGAAUUGAGAAAAGCCCGUGAAAAUAUAUCAGCACUUCGUGCUAAUCUUACUGUUGUUACUGAAUCAGCAACUACGUCACCAGAUAAAAAAAAUAAUAAACAAUUUAAUGAUAAAUGUUUAUCAAUAAAACCACAUGAGCAACGUGCACUUAAUUAUUUAGUUUAUGAAUAUUUAUUGUCACAAUCUUAUAAAUUAACAUCAAUUACAUUCAGUGAUGAAAAUGAAAAUCAAGAUUUUGAAGAUUGGGAUGACGUUGGUCUGAAUAUUCCAAAACCACCAAAUUUAUUGCAAAUUUAUCGUGAAUUUCUUAGUAAAACUGGUUACGAUAAACCACCAUCUAUUGAUGCUUCAACACAAACAGAUUUUGUUGAUGAACAAAUUGAAGUAAAUGAUGAUAACCCAACUGAUGAAAUAAAUGAACAAAAAGAACAAUUAAAUGCAUCAUCUGAUGAAUUUGAAUUUAUCAAACAGCAAUCUUUGGAUGAUAAAAAAAAUGAUACCGUUGAAUUUACAAAAGAUUGUAAUGAUCAAAGUAACGAGUGCAAUGAACAAAAUAAUGAUAAUAAUAAAAUAAUAAUAAAUAGUGUUGCUUCUACAUCAACAACACCCGAAAAACUAGACCCUCUUGAUUCAGUACAUCAAGAAACUCUUAGCUGUAGUCAAGAACCUGAUGAAGAUGACAGUAUCAGUAUAUCAGCUGUAAUGAGUCUCGAAGAUACUGAUCCAGGUGACAAAGAUUGGACGAAAGUUCAACUUUCACGUCUGGAUAUACCUGUUGAAUCUUCAUCAUCAUCAGUAUUCAUAAAUUUACCAUCGAGAUUUUUACCAGAGCGAUUUAAAGAACAUAUUCUAUCAUACUCAUCAGUAAAUACGUCCAGUACUGGAGUGCAAAUGGUUGAUGAUUUAAUUAAAAAUAAUUCAUCAGAAUCAUUAAUUAAUUUACUUGCUAAAAGUCUAUUAAUAGUUUCGCCAAAUAUUAUAUCAACAAAACGCGAAGAAGUUAUUCCAUUAUUAAUAAAAACAAUUCGUGUAUUACCAAAAAAUAAUGAUCGUGAUAAAUUAUUACAAUUGUUGUUUAAUUUAAAAAAAAAACCACAUCAAGAGGAACGACGAGUUUUAUUAAAAGCUUUAAUUACUGCUAUUAAAAUGGAUGGAGUACCACCAGAACCAGAGGAAUUAAUAACACUUUGUUGGGAACAAAGUCAGCAUAAAUAUCCAGAAAGACGUCUGUUGGCUGUCGAAUGCUGCUCAGUACUUGCGCCAUACACUUCAAAUGCUGUACGUAAUUCAUUGAUAAUAUCAAUGCUGCAACAAAUUUUACUUGAUGAUAAAGAGACAGUUGUACGUGUGGCUGUUAUUCGCAGCUUAGCUUUACUUGUAGCGCUGACAGAUGAUCCUGAUAAAUAUUUUCAAUUUGAAGAAUUAACACUCACGGCAUUAGAUGAUGAAUCAACUCAAGUAUUUCAAGUUGCUUCUAAUUUAUUACUACCAACUUUAGCUCAAUGGGCGUUGUCUUUAAAACGUUUAUUGUCACAUUUAAUGUCACGUAUAUUAUCAAGGUUGAAAAAUAAUUUUGUCAAAGCUGAUAAAUUAAAUAGUAAAUAUUCUCAGAGCAAAGACAGUAGGAAUGAUGACAAAAUAAUACGAUUAAUUGAUACAUUAAAAAUAUUAUUACCUCAUAUAAUUGUUUUUAUGGCUGAUAAUGAGACGGUAAAAAAUUUAAUAACUGAGGACACACCAUCAGAAGUACCGAAAAAAAUUUUAAAUUUAUGUCCGUCAAGUAUUAUGGAGCCGGUUGCUUUUUCAGAAAAUCCCGACAGUAUUGGUAAGAUAUUAAAUAUUUUUAUAACAAAUGAUUGGGAAGAAAUGUGGCCAGAAUUUGAAUGGUUGACAAAAAAAUUGAUACCUGAUAUUGUUGAAAUGUUAAAAUUAAUUGAUUUAACUCAAGAAAAUGUUUUGAAUAAUUUAUUAAUGUACAUACAGUCAAUGUGUAAUGGCUUUGGUAUUAAUAUCGUACAGCAUAAAAUUAAAAAAUUAUUUGAAGAUGAAGUUAUGGAGUGCGAACAAAAAUUAAUGGCUUUAUCUGAUAAUUCAUCAAUAAGCAUGGCUUUUAUACCAGCAUAUUUAUUAAUUUUAUCGACGUUGGAUCCACAAGAAUUGUCUAAAAUACUUAAACAUUUUAUAAUCAUGUUCUCAAUAAACGGAUUGGAUAUUAAUAGUUUGAUAAUAACUAUUAAAAUAUUGUGUAAGCAACCGGAUAUCGUUGAAGAAGUUGUUAGUGCACUUUGGGAAGGUGUCGUUCAUCAGCGUGCUGUUGUAAGAUGCACGACAGGUAAAUUAAUCGGUAAUAUUAUUGGUAAUAUUGAUGAUAAAUUGGUUAUAUCAAGAGUUGCACCGGCAAUAGUAACUCUGGCAAGUGAUGGAGAUAUAACUGUUAAAGCAGCAGCAGUUACGGCACUUGGUAAACUUAUUACUGAUUGUACGGCAAGUCAAGUGAGAGACAAAGGCAGAUUAACUUUGGAGUCUAUUGUUAAAGAUCCCCAAGGAGUUUCACAAGCUUUAACAAUACCUUUGAUAACAACAUUUACUUGUAUUGCACCAAAUUGUUCUCAGCAUUAUAUUGAAGAUGUUAUUGCACCUCAUUUGGCUGGAAUAACAGUAUCAGCGUCUCAACAAACUCAAAAAGCUGAAUUGACAACGGUAUUACUUGAUGCAUACUCUGUUCUAGUAUAUAGUUCUCUUAGUGAUCGUUGUAUCACUGGUGUUUUAUUACCAGGUUUAAAGUACUUAGAAACUUUAACUAAUCAAUUGUUACCACAUCAAAGAGAUAGCGUUAAAUCACUCAUUAGAGAAGCUGAAUCUCGACAUAAUACAUCGAAAAAUAAUGAAAAAACGACAUUUACAAGUUCACCAUUAUCAUUACCACUUACAUCCACAAACGUAGGACAAGGCGUUGAAGAUAUGCGACAGAGGAUGACUAAAAUGUUUAGCCCGAAACCUACAUCACCGGGUAUCACAAACAUAUUUCGUAAGAAAUAAAAUUGAUAAUCAUGUAUAUAAAAUUAUAUGACGGUGCCUUUUCGAAAUGUUAUUAGAAAUGAACAGAAGGAUUACAAAUUUUAGAAAGCAGUUAUUAAAUUUAUUUUGAAUUGACUAAAAAUCGCACAAUUAUUUUUCGACUAUUUUUUAAAAUUCGGCUUGGAAAAGUAAUAAUUUUAUUUCAUUUAUAUUUAUAUAUACGAUUUCAUAAAUAUAUGUAUAUAUCAGAUUAUUUAUUUAUGUAUAUAUAAAUUUUUAUACUUAUUACAACAGAUUAGAAGACGGCUAUUAUUGAUUUUUUUAAAAUAUGUUUUAAAUAAAAUACUAUUUGUUUAACGAUCUCUCUCUUAAAAAAAAAAAAAAAAUAGAUUUAAUUGACUAAUUAAUUUAUUUUUAUUAAAGUAAUGUGAGGUUUUAAUCAAUGGUAAAUAAUCCGUUAUAUUUAGAAUUUAAAAAAUUCCCAGUAGAAAAAAAUAUAAACUAUUUCAUUUAUCGAUAUUACAAUUAUUUAAAUCUCAUGAUACGACAUUAUAUUGAGUUAUAUAUUUUAAAUUCUCAAAACAAUGUGAUGUAAUUUUUUUUUAUACAUAUUUUAUUUUUUAUUAUUGAUAAUAAAAUUUUAUUUAGCUUGUAAUCGAUAAUCAAAAUAUCCGAAUAAUUUUUUUUAGUAUUUGGUAUUUUAAAAUUAUAAAUAAUUUCAUAGGUGCCAAAAUAAAUUACAUUUUUGACGUCUUCAAUUAAAUUUUACUGAUUUUUUAAAUUCUUUUUUUUUUAUAUUUUUUACUUUACUUUUAUUUUUGUUCAUAACGAACAGAACUUAUUGCUAAUGAAUUAAAUGUGUAAUGAAUUAUUCAUUACAUAUCGUCAUUGUGAAUACAAAAAUUUUACUCGUUUUAAUAUACAUAGAAAAAAAAAGUAUUUUUUGAUGCAAGAAAACUUUUGCAUUAUGAAAUGAAAACGAAAACUUUAUUAGGACUAAAAAAAGUUUCUUGACGCAAGAAAUUUUUUCUCAACCCAAAAAAUUCUCGCUCCAAAAAAAUUUUCUAUUUUUAAUUCAUAAUGCAAAAAAUUUCUUAGGGCUAGUAGAAAUUUUUUUUGGGUGAGUAAAAAUUUUUUGCACCAAGAAAUAUUUUUUUCUAUGUGCAAAAUUAUAAAUAUCCAUAAGCUAUAAUUUUUUUAACCACAACUGAAUUGAUGAAUUUAAAAAUUCUAUUUCUUAAAAAAAUUCAAAAAUUAAUUUUUGAAAUUUACCAAACUUCAAUACGAUGUAAAAAAAAAAAAAAAUUUAUUAAAUUCCCAGCUUACGUAUUUAAAUUUUGCCCAAAUAAUUUUUAGAAAACUCUAUCUCCUAAUUUCAAUCCGAGAGCUGUUAGUAAAAAUUAUAAAAUUAUUCAUUGUUAUCAUAAUUUAUAAAUCAAUUUAAAAAAAUAAAUGACUAAUAAAUAAAUACUUUAAAAAAUGUAAGAAUAAUAUUUUUAUUUAAAUUCUAUAUAUACAGUUACAUAACUAGGUGUAUAUAUUAUUAAUAUAUUCAAGUAUACAAAUAAAUUUUUAUACUUAUAUACGCGCAGGGAACAUUACAGAUGAUACGACAUGUCGCGAUAUAAUAAUUAAAUUGUCUAUUCAAUUAAUUAAUUAGAUUAACGAUCUAAUAAUAACGAUCUCUGAAUAAAAAGUUUUAUAAUAAAUAAAUAACAACAACAUUAAAUGAAUUAUUGAGCAAUAGAUGAAUUUUGAAUAACAUUUUACUUCAAAUGCAUCUAUAUAAAUAUUUAUCUAUAUAUCUUACUAAAAUUUCAAUAAAAAAAAAGAACAAUAAAUAAUUUAACGUAUUGCUAUUAAAUUUAUCGAUGUUAUCAAGCGUAUAGUAUGUGAUCACUAACCCUGAGUAAUCUACUUAAAUAAAUCUAAUAUUUGCAUGAUAAAAUAAUCUAUUCUAAUAUUUAAUAAGUUAAUAAUGCUGAAAAUUAUCUGAUUCGUUCUACGGAUAUUCAGUUGGUAUUCGCUAUUUACAUGACUUAAUAAUUACGAGCGACGUAGAUUUAUUAAUUAGGAAGAACUUAUUUAUUUAGAACCCUAAAAUUUAUUUUAAUAAAUUGUUUAAUUCUUUUUUUUUUGUUUAAUUUAAUUGUUUCAUUAUUUAUACGGAAUUAGAGCAUACGCCCAUGAGAAGCGGCUUGUCUGAGUCCCGACUUUUUCUAAUUCUUUGAGGACUUGGCGACGAGCCGAAGAGACAUUCUCAAAUGGUUUUCUUCCUUCUAACUUCAUUGUCAUCUGCAAAGAUAUGUGUGAAUUCUGUCCUCGUGCCCAAUACUGUUAUUACAUCCUC